AUGAAAUUUCUACAAAAAUUCGACCUCAAAUUUCGUGGUUUGAGAAAUAAAGGGAAAUCGCCGUUAUUGCGCAAAUUGGAUUUAAUGCAUGAGAGUUCCCUCAAGCAGACUGUUAAGCGAAAUUAUAGUGACUACAUAAGUCGGUUGGAGGCAGAAUAUGAGGCCAGAAAUCAUAGACCAAAAUAUCUGCCUCGUAGUACGAGCGAAAAGUUUAAAUACAAUGGCAGUUUUCACGAGGCCGUGGGAAAAGUGUUUCUCGUGGCUCAGUUCUUUGCCAUGAUGCCAGUGAAGGGUAUCUCUGGGCCACUUCCUUCGGAAUUGUCGUUUGCUUGGCGGAAUUGGCGCACCCUCUACUGCCUGCUCUUCAUCCUGUCCACACUCACAAGCAUAGGAUUUACCAGCUACAAAGUCUUCAAUGGACUGAUUACCUUCAACAACAUUGAACCACUUAUAUUUCGCGGCUGCAUUUUAUUGGUCUGUGUCAAUGCCUUGAUGUUGGCUAAAAAGUGGCCCGCCCUGAUGAUGUAUUGGUAUGAGGUCGAACAGGACCUUCCGCAGUAUCAGACGCAGGUGGAAAAGUCGCGUAUGGCCUACACAAUUCAUAUGGUGAUGUUUGUGGGCAUGAUGUUGUCGUUGGCCGAACAUUUGCUGAGCAUGAUCUCAGCGAUAAGUUACUCCAACUAUUGCCAUAGGACUGACGAUCCCAUACGUAACUUUUUAACGACGAUCAAUGAUGAGAUUUUCUACGUUUUCAACUACUCCGUACCCUUGGCCAUGUGGGGCAAAAUACAAAAUGUUUACUCUACUUUCAUUUGGAACUACAUGGAUAUAUUUGUGAUGAUCAUAAGCGUGGGACUGGCUGCCAAUUUUAGGCAACUGAAUGAUAAUCUGCUCAAGUUCAAGGGCAUGCACAUGCCUCCUACGUAUUGGUCCGAACGUCGUAUACAAUAUCGGAAUUUAUGCACCGUAUGCGAGAAACUGGACAAUGCCAUAUCACUAAUCACCAUGGUGUCCUUCUCCAAUAAUUUGUACUUCAUAUGCGUGCAACUGCUCCGCAGUCUCAACACAAUGCCUACUGUGACUCAUGCCGUCUACUUUUAUUUCUCACUAAUGUUCCUGAUUGGAAGGACCCUGGCCGUUUCACUAUAUUCGGCGAGUGUGAACGACGAAUCUCGCCGUACCCUGCGCUAUUUGCGUUGUGUUCCUAAGGAAUCCUGGUGUCCGGAGGUCAAGCGUUUUACAGAGGAAGUUAACAGCGACUUUGUGGCUCUCACGGGCAUGAAGUUCUUUAAUUUGACGCGUAAACUAGUCCUGAGCGUUGCCGGCACAAUUGUGACGUAUGAGCUGGUCCUUAUACAAUUCCAUGAAGAUACAGAUCUGUGGGAUUGCGACCAAAGUGUAUAUGCUUAA